CGAGCAUGGUGUCGUGCUCGGUGGCCAGGUAGUCAAAGUCGGCGUCCCCGAGGGCGAUCACGUCGCCGCCGCCGCCGCCGCCGCCGGACGCCGACGCGGCGAAAAGCCCCAAACAGCAGACGGCCAGGGCCAAACGCUGCCGAGCGGAAGCCGCCAUGACGAUCCGAUGACGUCCGUCGUCUCGACGGAAGGAGGAAGUGGCGGCUCCGGCUCCGGCUCCGGCUCCGGCUUGAAUCGGAAAGAUAGACGUUCGGAAUAUUUUAAGCAUUGGAUAUUUGUCAAACCAAAAUUUUCCAUUUUCUUUUGCAUUCUUUCCAUCAGAAUCGGAGCACAUCAAUCUAACUCAUGAGCAUUGAAAGAAAGCAGUCCCCCCUGAAACUGGUUCAAAAUAAUCAAUAGAACACGUUCUACUUAUUUUGUCGACCGUAUAUCGAUGCUGUUAUUUUGGAUUGUACGCAUCUGUCCGUCAAAAUGGCUCAUUGUGGCAGAUGUUUGUAAAGGUGUAAGUUUGAAUGAAACAAAAGUGUUGGCACAAUAAAGGCUUGGCUUCAACGGUCAAUCCUCUCGAAGACCUUCGUGAUGACGUGACGUCACGCGUUUCGUUUGAAAAAUAUCCAAAUGAACGCUCUCUAGCGCAAAGCUAUCAUUCCGCCAGAUGGCAGUCACUGGGAAAAAAAAUAAAGGUCAGGUAGCCGAUGGAGAAAAGAGACAAAGAAGAAGAAGACGAAGAUGGAGCCGAUCGGAAGUCGUCUCUCCAAAACCCCCCCCCCAAAAUCUACAAAUCAACAGGCAGUGGCCAUGACAAUCCAGAAUGAGAUGAGCUGUGUCACUGAAAAUAGAGAAUGGACUCCAACGUUUGUUGAAUGCACAACUUCAAGACGGCCAUAGGUCACACCACUCUACCAUGAAGUCUGCCUGCAAACGUCCCAAAGCGGAAGCGGCCGACCCUCCUUCGCCGCCGACGUCUACGGACGGCGGGCGCCCCGGGAGGAGGCCGGCCGGGAAGAAGCGCAAGAAGCCGGCGGAAGCGGAGCCGGACGCGGCGGAAGGGUUGCCCGUCGACACGCGCCUCGACCGAUCGCUGGAGACCAAGUCCAAGCAACACAAUCUGACGAGCGUCAACGUGCGCAACAUCAUCCACGAAGUCAUCACCAAUGAGCACGUGGUGGCCAUGAUGAAAGCGGCCAUCGACGAGACGGAAGCCGCGCCGCCGUUUGAACCCAAGAUGACCAGGUCCAAGCUGAAGGAAGUGGCAGAGAAAGGCGCGCUCAUCCCCGCGUGGAACAUCUCACCCAUCAAAAAGAGCGACGACAACGGCGAGGUCCGACAGUUCGCGGACAUCCCGCUGGCUGAGGAAGAUUCCUCCGACGAAGAGUAUCGUCCCGACGACGAAGAGGAGGACGAGACGGCCGAAGACACGUUUCAGGAGAGCGACUUUGAGGGAGCGGCGUCGCCGAGGCGCGGUUCGGACGCCGCCGACCAGAGCGGGAGAGCGGAUCGCGACGUCGCGGGGCCACCGCCCCCUCCCUCGACCGACAACUUCCUGGAGGAGCUCCGCGCCGUAGAGGCGGAGCUGGCCGUGUGCGCGGAACCCUACCGGAUGGAGCUCCCCUACCUCCCUCACCGUACCGACGCCAAGAACGGUCUUCGGCCCCCGGAGGACGCCGGCGAAGGGGGCCUGAUGGCGUACCGAACGCGCUCCAAGCGCCCUCUUCGGGACGUCCCCCUAGGGAGGCUGGAGGCGGAGCUCCGGGCGCCCGACAUCACGCCCGACCUGUAUGACUGCGGCGCCGCCCCGGAGGACAGCGACUGGACCGAUUGGCUGAGAGGGCUCAUGACCUCGGAAGGCGGCGACGACGAGGAGUGCGACGACGAGGACGACCCCGAGUACAACUUCCUGGCCGACGUGGACGAACCCGACCGGGAGGAUUACCGCGACGACAAGGCCGUACGCAUCACCAAAAAGGAAGUCAACCAGCUGAUGGAAGAGCUCUUUGAAACGUUGAAAGAGGACGCGGCGGGCCGGGAAGCGGACGAGGACCGCCGCGAGGAAGAGCGGCAGCCCCGGGAGGAGGCGCGCCCGGCUGCCGCGACCGAUCCGCCGGCCGGAGAGCGGCUUACGGUCAAGCGACAGCUGGCCUACCUGCGGAGCGCGCCGCGGAGCGCGCCUUGCGAGCGCCCGCUCAGGCUGGACGGCAAACACAGACGCGCGCUCCGGCAACAAGUGCAGCAGCACGUGCAGCUGUUGCUUCAGAUUCACCUCCUGACGUCACCGGUGGAAGGACUCGGCGACGAGGCCAAAACCACUCGACAGUUUUUGUUCGAAUUAGACGCGUUGGCGCAGAGGGGAGAGCUGACGACGCCGUCCGGGCGGGGCAGCGCAUUCGGGGCGUCCAACCUGCGGGGGGCGCUACAGCUGCUGGAGGAGCUGAGAGAGCGCCCCGUGGCCCUCGCCGCCCAAAAGUGCACGCCGGACGCACGCGGACAAAUGCGGAGUUUCCCGACGAUGCCCGCCGAGCUGGCGUGGAUCUUUGCCACGCGUCCCGUCUUCCUUUACCCGCAGCUUCUGCCGCGCGUCAGCCUGGAUCCUGCUCAUUUCUGCCCCCGCAGGAGGGCGGGGUUCACCGCGGCGGAAGACCGACUGCUGGCGCUGGGCUUGCGGAACCUGGCGGAUUCGCGCGACCCCGUCCGGCUGCUGUGCGACUUAUUGCUGGCCAAAAGUCUGGUUCAGGCGAGACGGAGGAUCCUGCAGUGCUGCCGACCGGGAACCCCCCACAACGUUGUCAAGGAAUUCCGACACAAGGGGGUCGUUCCUCACGUGGCGCCCAUGUGCGUUGACGUCGCCGAGUCAGAACGCCGUCCCCCGGUGGAGAGAGAUGUCAAACUCAUGCCCCUUUGGCUGCUGAGAAGUCUUCCCGUGAUCUCGAAGCUACGCGACCCCGCCGCCUCAUCGGCGACGGAGGCCCCAGACGGCUCCGCCGACGCCCUCUAUCCUCCCCGCCCGCCCCCCGAGCUCCGCUUUCGCCCGGCCGGAUUCGUUCGCCGCGCCGCUCUCGGACCGUCCUCGGCCGCUGGAAACGACGCGACUUCCCCUCGCGCGCUCCAGGAAGACCCGCCGCAGGAAGGCUCGUCUCUUGCCGCCGAUCGACACUCGCCGGGGGUUUUUGCCAAAAACGUCUCCUUGGGCGUCAACGGGGAAAAGACGGUGGUUUGGACGCGAGAAGCGGACCGUCUCAUUCUGACGGCCUGCCGGCAGGGAGGCGCUGCGGGAAGGACGUUCCGCCGAGUGUCGGCUCAGUUGGGAAACAAGACGGCCCGGGAGGUGAGCCUUCGUUUCCGCGACCUCCUGGGUCUUUUCCGCGUGACCUCGGCGGCCGCGCGCAAGCCGGAAGAACUGGCUCUGCCCCCGCUCAACUCCGGUUCCUGAGAGGAAAGACCUUUCCCAAAAUGUUUGCUUUUGUAAAUAAAAGUCGGAUAGCUUUUUACAUUCGGUCUUCCUUGUCCGUGAAUAAUCCUGGUACUGUCCCGAUCGCAUCUGUUUUUGCCCAAUGGAGGAUCUGCCGAUCCCAGGGGUGAAAAAUAGCACCUUAUCUUUCUGUCUCAAUUCAAGUUGACAUUAAAAAUGCUCCCAAAUCAACAGAAGGUGACCCCCGGAUAAACAAGAAGUGACUUUAUCCACCAUAGCAAAAAGACUAGUCCAAUUUCUCCACCAACAGCAUUUUCUAGUUCUUUGUAUUAUUCCACCCUAAAAGCAGGUGGGGUCAUUGAGAGUUGAAAAGUACGAGAAGGCGAGCGCACGAAUAGUCGAGGACCGACAAUUACACAGUAUUUUCUACCGCGAAAUGAAAAGGAUGAUUUCAACGGCGUACCUGAACUCAAUGAUGGGCUUCUCAUGGACGUUGAAUGAAACGAUAGCACUAACGCAGACAACGAGGAGCAAGCCGCUCAGCUUACCUUUCCGGCAUCCUCGGAUGCCGUCACAAGUUGCGACGGAUCAUCGUGGCUUCCUAAAAGAAAGCAGAGCGCAUGCACGCCGUUUCUUACUGAGAGGAGGCCAUUUCAAGUCAAAAAUGAAAGAGCAAGCCAUACCUAACUUGGUGGAUGAAUGGAAUUCCUACGAGCAAGUGCUGGUCUGAUCGUGAUGUUUGCUGCGUGUCAACCAACCACGUUGUAAUCUUUAGUACUAUAAGUGUACAUACAGCGUAUCACAAAAGUGAGUACACCCCUCGCAUUUCUGCAGAUAUUUAUCUUUUCAUGGGACAACGCUGACAAAAUGACACAAUGAAAAGUAGUCUGUGUGCAGCUCAUAUAAUAGUUCAUUUAUUUUCCCCUCAUCAUGCGACUGGUGUUACUAGGUCCAGGUGUGCAUAGGGAGAAGGGUGUGUUCAAAUUUGUAGUGCACCUCUCACACUGGUCACUGAAAGUUCCAACAUGGCACCACAUGGCAAAGAACUCUCUGAGGAUCUUAAAAGAAGUAUUGCUGCGCUACAUGAAGAUGACUAAGGCUACAAGAAGAUUGCCAAAACCCUGAAACUGAGCUGCAGCACAGUGGCUAAGAUCAUCCAGCGUUUUAAAAGAGCAGGGUCCACUCAGCACAGGCCUCGGGU